UAGACCUGAAAAUAGAGAUGUCGCAAAACAAGCUACAAAGCAAAUCCUUUUUGAAAAUUCAGAAUUAAGUAUUAGACGUGCUAAGGAUUCCAAUCAAGUCACAAGAACGCCAAUUAAUAUAUAUAAUCCGGUUGGGAAUGAGAAUAGCGACGAUGAUGAUGUUACAAUUGAAGUUGAAGAUAAAACCAUUGAAAUAGAAAAUGAGCAACCACUACCUCGAUCUACCACUGUUCCUAAAUCAGCUGAAUCCAAAUCUUUCAAAUCGGAACUUACUAAACCAAAGGGUCCAGAGGAAGGUUCCCGUAUAGAAACACCUACUUCAGACAUUCCAGCGUUUCCUCCAGGCUACCCAACUGGACCUCCGCAGACCUCCUUGGAGUUUGCCUUAUAUGAUACAAGAGAAGAUCAAUGCAGUAUGCAGCCAAAUUAUGGUAAUUGUAAGGGUCGCUUCCUCAAGUGGUAUUAUGAUCACGAUGACAACGAGUGCAAGGAGUUUAUAUUCAGUGGUUGCGGUGGCAACAGCAACAUGUUCCUUUCUCUCGAGGAUUGCGCGGAUACCUGUCUCAUUACUGAACAAGAAUCUAAUGAUGACGUAUUUGAUGACAGCAUAGACUCCGAUGAAGGAUUCGAAAACAUCAUUGACACUAUUGAGACUUCGGACACAACAUAUGAAGAAAUAGACGAUAUUAAAGAAGUGCCGGAUACACUUGAUGCGGUAGCAAAAACUAUCCUUGCUUCAUCUUCUAAAGACAAUAGCUCUUCUACAGAAGUGUCAACAUUGUGUGGUGGCUGUGGCGGUGUCCCAGGAACAAUCCAGAGACCAUGUACCACUUCUCUCGCAACCACAUGUACAGACCUGAAGGCGAUAUACAGAGUUGAGCAAUGUGGACCAUAUAAGAAAGACACGUGUAGGAUACCCGACUACUCCUCAUACACCUACCCAUGUGCCAUGACUGUUGGAAAAUGCUGUCAGUGUUCCCGAGUCCUUCCAGAUGGAUACUGUGAGGUUCCUUCGUGCGGAGAGUUUGGUGAAUGGAGUCCUUGUUGCAAGGAAUGCGGCUAUACUAGGAUGAGGUUCAAAACAUGUAUGAACAAAGGAUAUCCAUGGGCUCGAUGUAUAUUCACCGAAAGUGAGCUAUGUCUACCAGAAGAUCUGCCCCAGACAAAUUCUGCGAUAUCUUCUGAUACACUAUAUAACUCAACAACUGCAAUUCCUGCGUUAUCAAAUGUUAAAUCAUCGAAUUAAAGACGCUCGGAGUGAAAGUACUUUUUGACUACUGUUUGCACUGGAAAUUAUCCUCCAUGGUGAUCAGUCAAUAUGGGCAUACAUUUUAAACGAAAAUAUUGACUGAGACUAUUACUAUUUAUAACCUGAAGCAAAGCCAAUGUUAAAUGAAUUACUGGAAUGGGCAACGGUUAAAAGAUAGUUUCCUAAUGAAUAGCUGAUUAUUUGAGUUACAAACGAUGAAUCUAACAAAACAUCAGAGCUUUGAACUACGAAAACUGUCUAAAACAUGAAAAAUUAUAUGAUUAAGCGCAUUUGAUUCACACAAUCUGAUUUGACAAAAUUGUACUUGUAAUUAAAAGAUGGCAUUGGGAUGUCGAUUCAUAAUAGAGCUUGGAGGUAAUAGCAUAAUAUUCACCAGUACUUUCGAUAUGCCAUCUUUAAUAUAGUAUAUUUUACAAAAACAUCAGACUAUAUAAUGGAGAUAGGAAUUCGUGUGGUAUAAGGUAUAAUUUAUUAUGAAAAAUAAAUAAAAAUCAUGUGUAAUAAGAGAAAACAUUUAUAAAAGAUUUAAACAACAGAAAGAUUUCGCUAAUCAGUUAUAGCACGUUUAUUACGUGUAAUUUAUGAAGCGUACGUCAAAAUUUAUUGCGCAGCUCUAUACGUC